AUGGCUACAGUGAGAAGUCUGAAGAUUAAGACAAGUACAUGCAAACGACUUGUGAAGGAGCUAGAUUCUUAUGAAAAAGAAGUUCUGAGAGAAUCUGCCAAAACAGCUGACAUGAAGGACAAAGGAGCUGAUCCUUAUGAUAUCAAACAACAGGAAAAUGUGCUGGCUGAGUCUAGGAUGAUGGUUCCUGACUGCCGGAAGCGUCUGGAGGCCACUUUGGAAGACUUGAAAGGAACACUGGCAGAGUUAUUGGAGGAGACAGGGGAAAAGGAAGGCCCUGAAAUUGAUGAUGCUCGUAACACCAUUGCAGAAGUUGAAAAUAUAUUUGAAACACCAUAA